AUGCAGCAUAGUGAUGAAAUACCAGAGCUGGAGGAGCUUCUAACGAAAAACCGUUCUUUGACAGCCAAGGAAGCUUCUCUUAAUAAAGAGUUGGAGCAUCUAUGCUUUGAUAUGGUAUUAGUUAAUGCGGCCCGCAAGACCGUGGAGGAAGAACGUUCCGAAGUUGCAAAGGCAAUCGAGCGGGCUAACCGAGCCUAUGCCAUAGCCCUUCAAGUGGAGAGCCGCUUAAACAACAUCAACUUGACGAAGCUCCUGGGCAACAAAUUACAGUUAAACAAAAUGGAGACCGACAAGGAUCACAAGCAGAAAGUGGAGAUGUUAAAAAAGCGUCAGGAAGGUCUCAACAACAUGGAGAAGCGGGAAAUAGUUCAACAGUUUCGUCAUCUGCAAAGUGCCAUCAAAGAGGCUGAGGAAGAGCUUGUCGAUACUGAGAAGAAAUAUAAAGACCUUUUACAUCUAAAGAGGGAGAAGAUUCAAGGACACAAUUUUCGUUUUAACAAUAUGCUAGUUGGCGUAUUGAUGGCACAAAAGCAAAUUUUAGAAUCAGAGGAGCCUUUGGCAUUUGAAUCAACAUCAUCCUUGUUGUCUUCAGCAUUUGAAUCAGUUACGAUGAAUUCUCCGCCAAAAAGUCAAGUUCAGGAAAAUAUUUCUGAACUAAUAAAGCCCAACACAAAACCAUCGAUUCUAAAAAAGUCGAAAACUCAGUUUGAAGAUGAACUUAACGGACGUAGGAGAUCUUUGCGUCUCAUUAUGGCUCAGAUCAGCGAUGAAGAUACCAGCUCAUCGUUGAUUGAUUCCGGCAAGCGGGUAAAGUUCGCUACUCCCCUGGAGCACGUUCGUAUGAUACCGAACCGUGGUGACGAAAAAUGGCGUGAAAAUUAUUUUUAUAAAAGCAACAGGAACCAGUCACCAACGUUGCUCCAUCGUAUUCUAUUCAGUUCUGAAGAAGAAAAACGCCAAGCGGUUAAACAAUACUGUGAAAUGCAAGUAGAAAAACUUUAUCAGGACGAAGAUAAAAAAUUCCGAUUGUCGGUACCGAAGUUGAAUUACCCACCGACUACCAAUGGCCGCGAAGAGCCGGCCGAAGAGGAGGUGGAAAAUGGAAUGGACGGUAUUGAAAGCGAGGACGAGAAUUCGGAGCGAUCUACAUUGAUUCGUCCACGGGAGGACGAUGCCGAUACUGGCUCGGGUCAGCCCGCCAAACGAUUUGCUUAUGACAUGCCGUCAUUAGAAGAUGAAGACAAAGAUAGUUCCUCGGAGCAUUCUUCAGAGGAUUCUUCAGACGAAUCUUUCAACGAAGAAAAAGAAGGCACUAAGAAUUCCCAACUGAUUCCAAUGAAAUCUUAUAAGAAUAAUACUUAUAAGAAAGAUUCGUCUCAGUCAUCUUUAGAGGAUUCUUUCCCGUCACCUGACAAUUCUGAUUCUAAUGCUUCGAUUGUAAUUCCUAAGAAACCUAAAGAUAAUAACACUGAGGAAGAUGAGGAAGAUUUGUUCCAGUCCGGUAGUCCUAAAGAAGAUAUAAAGAAGAUUGAAAAAGAGGAGGAGAUGUCUAAGAAUAAAAUUGAAAAAGAGGAGAAAACCGAAUCUACAACAGACAUGGAAAUUUCAGAAACUUUGGAAUCUGAAAAUCAAGACGAUGAUCCAGGCCAAACAGAGUCACUACCCGAUAUUCCGGAAUCAUGCGUGGAAAUAGAGGAAACACCAGAAGAGCUCACUCCCAUGGAGGUGUGCGAAGUUGUAAUCGCAGAAUCAAAGGAUGAGAUGAAUAAAAUCGAGAAAUGGGACAAUGAAAAGCAAAAAGAAAUAAAAUCAUUGUUGGAAAAGGCCCCUGUGAAGGCUGUUGUUACCAAUGUAGAGAUUAUUGUACCGCCACGCACCAAUGCUAUGAAGUGGUCCUCGACAGCAGGGAAAUCGCCUUACGAUCAACCAGGCGAUGAUAUACCCAGUACCUCCACCGGUAGGACACACGCUAUGAAAAAUGCCUUCGAUGAUGAUGAUAUUGAUGAUUUUUUUAAACCAGCUCCGACUCCAAGUCGGAACUCACUUCUGAACUUCGCUUCAUCCAAUUUAUCGUUCGAUGAUGACUUGUGCUUCAACGAUGACGAUUAUGACGAUUACAAUUCCCAGUACAAUGGAAUCAACUACGAUUUAUAA